AUGGCAAGCGCAUGGAGCUCCCCUCCACCCAGCCUUCCCUCCCUCCUCCUCCUCCUCCUCCAGCUGUCCUUCAGCUACGCAGGACAGUUCAGGGUCAUAGGACCCGGCCACCCCAUCCGGGCUCUGGUGGGGGAUGAAGCAGAGCUGCCGUGCCGCAUGCACCCGGGGAAGAACGCCACGGGCAUGGAGGUGGGGUGGUACCGGCCCCCCUUCUCCAGGGUGGUCCAUCUCUACCGCAACGGCCGGGAUCAGGACGCGGAGCAGGCCCCCGAGUACCGGGGGCGGACGGAGCUGCUGAAGGACAACAUGGGCGAGGGCAAGGUGACCCUCAGGAUCCGGAAGGUCAGGUUCUCAGAUGAAGGAGGCUUCACCUGCUUCUUCCGGGACCAUUCCUACCAGGAGGAGGCCGCGAUGGAGCUCAAAGUGGAGGAUCCCUUCUACUGGAUCAACCCCGGGGUGCUGGUCCUGAUGGCUGUCCUCCCCGUGCUCCUCCUGCAGAUCUCGCUGGGCCUCGUCUACCUCUGCCUGCAGCACAGACUGAGAGGAAAACUUCGGGCAGAGAUAGAGAAUCUCCACCGGACUUUCGACCCGCACUUCCUGAGGGUGCCCUGCUGGAAGAUCACCCUGUUCACGCUGGUGCCGGUGCUCGGACCCCUGCUUGCCCUGGUCAUCUGCUACAACUGGCUGCAUCGAAGACUGGCAGGGCAAUUUCUUGAAGAGCUAAGUAAGUUUUCUUCCUUUCUUCCUUUUGUAAGCUGA